AUGUUACGUGACCAACCACCCUUCAUUCAAUGCCUCCUAGGAACAGGAUUCACAUGGUUUGUGACAGCAGCAGGCGCUGCUCUCGUAUUUAUAUUCAGAUCUACCAAUCAAAAGUUACUUGACUAUAGUCUCGGUUUUGGAGCUGGGGUAAUGACAGCUGCAUCAUUCUGGAGUUUACUUGAUCCCGCAUUUCGAAUAGCUCGUGAAGAAUCUCAUCUAGAUCAUCGCGUGAAUUUUUGCUUAAUUAUUCUUGGUUUUCUGUUUGGCGGAUUGUUUGUUCACACUACUGAUCUCUUAUUACCAUCGAUUACGUCCAAGCAAGUGUUUCAAGUAAUCUCGAACAAGAAAACCGAUGAAUACAAGAUAAAAAAGCCCGACAAUGCAUGUUCCACUUUAAAAAUGAAUUCUGCUGUGCGUUCGCGAUUGAAACGUAAUCACGAUGGGAAAAAUAGAUUUCAUACUCCGAUUGGGGACAGUCCAAUGGAUGAAAGUAAAAACUUUAUUGAGAAUAACGAAGAACAGACAAAAUGGCAUCGAUUACUCCUGUUAAUAAUUGCUGUCACCGUACAUAACUUUCCAGAAGGCUUGGCUGUUGGCGUCGGAUUUGGAUCAAUUUCAUCGUCAAAUAAUGCCACAUCAGCCUUUAACCAAGCUCGCAAUUUAGCAGUCGGCAUCGGUAUUCAAAAUUUCCCCGAAGGAUUGGCCAUAAGUCUACCAUUGCGUUCAUUUGGUAUUGGAUCUGGCAAGGCAUUUUGGUAUGGUCAAUUGAGCGGAUUGGUAGAGAUUGUUGCAGGGAUUCUCGGCGUGUGUUUUGUUCAACUAGCGAAUUCUUUAUUACCGUUCGCGCUUUCGUUUGCCGCGGGUGCAAUGUUGUUCGUUGUUUUCAAUGAAAUCAUCCCGGAAAUUACUUCUCAAAACCGAACGAUGUCGUCUUGGUGGUUGAUGAACACGGAAUCUAUUUAUACAGAAUGUAUGCAGCAGUUGUGUGCACCGUAUGGAAAGAAUUUUAGCACAGAAACAAAAUUAGAAAUGAUGGGAAAAUCGGCAUUGGAGGCAGGACAAAUAUUAAUUCGAGAAUUGAAUUUACCAAUGACAGAUGAAGAAUUUUUAGCUAAAUCUAACGAAUUGUAUACUCAAGCAUUUCCAUCGGCUGAAUUAUUACCAGGUGCCGAGCGUUUGAUUCGACACUUAGCCAAUUACAAUAUUCCUAUGGCGAUUGGCACAGGUUCAUCUCAUGAAUUAUACACGUUAAAAAUAAGUGGUCAUCGAGAAUUAUUCAAACUAUUCGAUCCGGUCAUUUGUACCGAAACAAAAGAAAUCCGUUUAACUAAACCCGAACCGGAUAUAUUCCUUGCAUGUGCAGAGAAAUUCCCCAAUCCGCCGAUUUCCAUGAGUCAAUGUUUAGUAUUCGAAGAUGGAGAAAACGGCGUUCGAGCUGCCCUCUCAGCUGGAAUGAGGGUCGUCCUGGUUCCGAGUUUACCAUUAAGUAAUUACGACCCGUGGAUCUUAAAGCAUGCUACACUUAAAUUGGAUAGCUUAUUGAAAUUCGAUCCCGUGGAGUUUGGUUUACCUCCGUUUGAUGAUGUUUAA